UCCUGCAACCAUCUGAAACGAAAAGUAUUUGCCGCGAGCCUUUUAAAGUUCUUUUUUGGCUUUGGUGGCUGGCUUGUCUAAAUGUAAAUGCGACUGCUGGUCUCCGGAGACGACGCUUGGGGUAUUCAUCAAUUCAAACGUCAGAGGUCGGCCCUUCAUUUCCCUGCAAAGUGUAGAGGAUUCGUUUUGACAAGGUGGAGCAAGCCUUUUUUGAUCUCCACCAACAUUUGUUUGUUUUAAAAUAAAAUAAAACGGAUGAGAGAGCAAACUCGGUCAUCCGUUCUUCCUCCAGUUGACACAAGCAGGAACUAUUGCAGCGAGAGAGUCAGCCGUGAUUGUUGCGCGAUCCAGUUGGUGUGUUUCCUCUCAUCGGCGCCAAUCAUCUAGAACUGAUCUGCCCGUCCGUGGUGUGCCCCGCCUACUUGUGACUGUUUUCGGAAAACAAAGGAGCGCCCGUCUAUGCCAACCCAAACAGACUGAGCACUGUUGUAGUCGUAGUAGUGAGCUCAACCGACAUCGACGCCUGGAUGGUAAUUUCGACGCCGUUUCUCGUCCCGGCACUGUUGGAUGCGGGACCAUCGUCCGACUAUCGCAUUUGAUUCUCCCAAACAACAUUGUGCGGUCGCCAACUAACCAACGGACGGCUAUUGCGACGUUGGACGGAAAAUCCCCUGAAUUUGGUUGUUGAAGCCUGAAACUCUCUCUCUCUCGGUCCGAUUGUUGUUUGCAGUUGAUUCGCGAUGGCCAGUUGGUUGCCUGUGAGUUGUCUCCUGGUUUACGUCUUUGUCAGCAGUUGCCAUGGCAACGGCUCAUCAUUGAGCAGCAUCGGAGGCGUCAUCGGCGGUGGCGGCGGAGGCGCUGGAGGUGACACUUUCUUUCCCGAUUGGGGUGUGGGUGGUGGCCGGGCUGCUCAGCCUACCUGCCUGGACAUUCCGCGCAACUUGUCCCUCUGUCACGGCAUUCGUUAUUCCAAAAUGCGAUUGCCCAAUCUCCUGGAUCACGACUCGAUGGCCGAAGUCAUCCAACAGGCGGCCUCAUGGGUCCCACUUCUCAACGUCCGCUGCCAUGCCGACACCCAGCUCUUCCUCUGCUCUCUCUUUAGUCCCGUGUGUCUCGAUCGUCCCAUCUAUCCCUGUCGGGGCCUCUGCGAGCGUGUUCGACAGGGCUGCGAAGGACGCAUGAAGACUUACGGCUAUCCGUGGCCAGAUAUGCUCCGAUGCGACAAAUUCCCGCUGGAUAACGACAUGUGCAUCGGACCUCUCUCUUCUGGCUCUUCAUCUGAAGCAAGUGAUUGCCAGGCCUGCGAAGAAGUCGAUACUUAUGAAAAUAUCAUGGACAAUUAUUGCCGCGCAGAUUUCGUUGCGCGGACUAAACUUCGACGCGUUCGACGCAACAAAGUUAGCGGCAAGAAAUCCAAAAUGUUGAAAAUGUCAACUGAAAUGCGCGAGGAAUGGCGCCGCAACCAACGCCCCAAUCUCAUUAUGGAACUGGGCGACGACUGCUGCACCGAUCACUUCAAUACGGUAGCGCUAAGCCGGACAGCGGCAGGCGGAAGCAACGGAGGCGAUCGUUUCCUGGUAAUGGGCGUCCAGCGCAACGGCCAAUUGGUUCCCACUCUCAUCCUACCUUGGACAAAAAGAUCCAAAGCAAUUCGGAGUGCGGUCAAAGCUUUCAAACAAUUCAACUGCUCGGAUCCUAAAGCCGUUUUCGCAUCCGAGACGGCGCCUUCGAUUAUCGAGGGCAACGAUCGCCAGCGGAGGGGUAAGCAAAUGCGCGAGAGGACAACUACCAGCACUACAACAACAACAACAGCAGCCCCGACGACAGUCUCGACGACUCGGAAAGGCCGGGGACAAGGACAGAGGAGCCGAAACAGAGCAGAUAAUCACCAUCUUCAAGGACAAUCGGUGCGCCAUCAACACCAACUUCAAUAAAGAAAAAUAAAAAGACAGACGACGACGACGACACCAACACAAAAAGAAAUCCGCCGAUGGAAAUCCUAGUCCCCAGCGCAUUGUUUUAAGGCCAGACGUGUCCACCCAUGCCCAGAAGAACGGAAAGAAUCAGCUUUGAUUAGAAAGAAUCUCCAGGUAUAUUCCUCGGCCGCAGUAAAAAAAAAAAAAAUUAAAAGAAACAAAAUCGGAGAACGAGUAGAAGAAAAAAACAAACAAACACAAAAAAAAAAAUAAUAAUUUCACACAAAGCAGCUUUCGAACUUUUUCUCUUUUUAAAGUAUAUAUUCUCAGUAAUUCCAUGGCUUGUCCCUUUCCUUUUUUAUUUUCUCAUUCGCUGCGUAUCGUUGCAACAGUAUUGUUUGGAGGAAGUGAGAAUCAAUUGCGUUGGCGGCCCACCGUAAGAAUUUUCAUUUCACUGAAAAUUCUUUGGCCACUUGCUUUAUAUUUCCCCCCUUUUUUUAAAGCACUGUUUGUUGAAGUGUGCGCUUUUUUUUGAAAAUAUCGUGAACGUCUCUUAUUUUCAAUUGGCUAUGGACCGGUUGGGGAGGAAUGAGAGAGUGUAAGAACUCCCGUGUUUCGUCUCUCAAUCUCACCUUCCGAGUUGGAUCAUAUCAAGCUAAUAUUCAAAAUAAAAAUUUUUUAAGUUCCCACACGA